AUUUUGGUGAUUUACCUUUUUGUGGAACUAUGUGUCGGGAUACAUUUUCCUAACGAACGUGAAAUUGAGGCAUACUUGAAAGAAACUACUAAUGAUUUUGAAAAGGAUCCAAGGAACCCCAGGUUUUGUGGUAUAAUACUUCCCCCAAUGUCAUUUAGCGGACAAACUCAAGACCAAUUUCUCUUACCAAAGGUGUUUCUCUGGAGCCCCCAGGAACAAUACGGAUACCAACUUGUUUGUCCAGUACACGGGUCGUCAUUGCGACCAUGGCAGUGGCUUAACGAUCUCUCAGAGAAAAAAGGAAAACGGCCAAGGAUGGUUUACGAUUUAUUCGGAAACAUUUUUCUUGUUCAGAGGAUUUAUAUUUGUAUCCAAGGAAAAAUGUCUCAUAAAAUACAUGCGGCAACUCAAGACCUAUUGAAGAUGCUACCAUCCUCAGUGCAAAUUAACUUUCCCGUACUUCUGUUUCAAAGAAGUGGGUGUUCCAAGCAACUAAUACAGUAUGUUAAUAAUGAAAUGGCACAGGGUGUAAACUUUCUAAAAAUAAGCGAAGGAAUCGCGUCUCUUAAUCACGGAGAACUUACACGGCUGGGUUUAGCUUAUGAGACUGCAAGGCUAGAAGGCUUAACUUCCAGUCAGCCAUUCAACUUUAGUAACUUCUACACGAACAACUUAUUUUCAUUUCCAAGUAACGACCAACUGAUGAACAUAUUUCUACAACAAUUUGCCCUAGACAGAAACAGUUACAUAAGUGAUAUGAAGUCCAUUUCCGGCUCGUCAAUAUCAUGCGAUCACACCUUUAAAGUCAGCAGAAACAUUGGUAUUGUCGUCGAGAGCAGGGAGGAUAGGUUCUUAAAACAAUUUCCAAAUCUUUACAUAGUUCUGAACGAACGGGGGGAAAUUCUUGACUGGAGACUAACGAAGUCGACGGCGUUCAGCGAAGUAGAAGACCUGUUAACUAACUUGAAACAUAGACUUGAAAGACGACAACCUGAACGACAAAAUGUCAUUGAACUUAUCUGCAUUGACGAUUGCUGCAAGAAUCGACAGAAGUACCAGUCUAUUUUUCGUCAAGCGCUUAUCAAACUGGAUCUUUUUCAUGCGUGCCAGCGAGUGCUAAAAACUCUUGAUAGCAAGCAGGUUUCUAAGAAUCAGUUUGCAAAAGAAUUCGGUUUGGUUUUUAGACAUGACGAUGACCUGGGAGAGCAACGAAUGAAAAGUACCCCUAACGAGGCAAAAAUAAAAGAGAACCUGGAUAAAUUUAUGAAAAAAUGGAGAUCGUCGCCAGGUACUUGUAUGACUCAAGAAACCCUUAAACAGGUAGAAAACCUUAGAGGACAUAUCGACAAGGAUUGUCUUUCCGAGAUACCUCCCGGUAUGGGGACAGAAAGAAACGAGCAGCUACACCGGUUAUUAAACAGAUCGCUUUUAUCAGGAGCAACAAGGAUCACGACAGAACUAGCAGUUGCCAUCCUAAUGAUUUUAUUUUAUAAUCAUAGCAAGAGAGUUUCGUGCAAUAGGAAACAUAUUUGCAAUGCGAGGGUUCAGUGUGUACCACCAAUUAGUAGGAACGUGCUCCCAUUAUCUGAAAGUACAAAGGAAGUGAAUGAAUGGCACCCCUUCCACGUGAAUCCGUAUUCGGAAAAUGACAGCAGUCAUGAUCAAGCACACAAAAAUGAUCAAUUGACAAAGGAUGUUAUAAAUGGAAGUGACGAGAUUCUGGUUGUUGCCGACAAAAUCGAAGAUGUUUGCUCAGAAACUGUGGCACAAGGAAUUCUCCAGGCGGCUAUUUCAAACCACUUGAUUUUAAAAAACUUUACGAAAGGGAAAUUUAACAGAUCAUUUAAUAGUGCCGACUUGUUUUUGCUAGCAAACACAAACGGCCUGACGAUGCAUCAUGCUAGUAUGGAGGAUGAAGAUGAUAAUAGCGAUCCUACCGUUCGAGACCACUUCACCUCCCUGUCUAGAAAUCUGUCAGGUUUUCAUCUCGAAAUUGACGAGAUACCUAAAGAUGGAGAUUGUGCCUUUCGUAGUAUUAUUAGGACAUUAAGUUCCGCCUGCGGGGAAGAUUAUCCUGAUUUGUUGAGUCAUCUCAAACACAUAGGUCUUAUGAAAUCCGAGGAUGAAGACACCGCAGUGCUACGGGAGUGCUUUGUAGAAGAAAUCCUUAAAGAGGACAACGAGUUACUAGCCUUUCUUCCAACUCAAGAUAGGUACACGAUAACUCAAACGGCACACCUGUUUAAAAGGCGAGGCGUGUUUGACACAGCCCUAGGUGACUUUGUCAUGAAAGUCUGCGCAGAGAUCCUCCGGGUACCAAUCAUGGUGGUUACAUCAUUGACAUCCUUGCCGUACAUUCCAUUCCUUCCGAGCAGACCCCUGUCCAGUACGUUUAUUCAUGUGCCUUAUCAUUAUUAUGGAGCAGGUCACUAUGAUGCUACUAAACCACACGAUUUAGGUAAAAUUAACAAUUAGCAGUUAUUAUAUUAGAUAAAGUACGAUCUGAAGGCUAAUCAAAAAGUAGGACAAAGUAGGCGAAAUGGAGUAAGAGCGAUGAAGACUGCAAAACCAUAAAUUCAUUUUUUUAAGGGAAGUUUUACCUGCCAUGGGUGUCCUUGUAUCUUAAGGACCCUAUUAUGUUAGUUUUACGUGUGAAGAUCACAUGUUUUCGCGCGGAAAGCUCAGGCUCAAAUACUUAGGGCCUGUUAACAUGGAGGUGGGGGACCCCAGGUACGUUAGGUAACUUGCUUAGGUGGGGUAAAAAAUUAAACCACGUUUUUUGGCGAUUAAUACUCUUCUACACUCCCUUGUUGCUCUUGCUGCAACCUUCAGUACUGUGGCUUUCUGUUGUUACCUUUAAUAAUGAUGGAAAGUCACCGCAAAAGUGAAUUUUGCGCGAAUUUGAUGUAUCACGAAUCGGACCCCUGCUAGGCGGGUUACCCCACCUUGAACGUUUACAUGGCAAAAUUUGACUCCGGCUGAGAGGGUUACAAACCGGGCUAUUCGCCUUAGCGGGUCACCCCACAUAUCAGGUAAACGUCAUCAAAUUAAAAUGAGAGAUUAUAUGGAAAGGCGGGUUACCCCACCUAGGCUGGUUACCUCACCUACCUGGGGUCCCUCACCUCCAUGUAAACAGGACCUUAUAGUGUAAUUAAGCCGUCUAUCCUAAGGGAGAGGGCUAAAAUCUAGUAAUGGCUAGUACGCUCUCACUUUGGGGUCUCUAGAAACGACAAGACAAAAACAGAAACAAAAACUUUACACUUGCAGCACAUUUUUUGGUGGAUGAUUCGAUUCUUUGCCGUCCCCGCACAACUAUGACGUGAAAAGACCAAAUGUUAUAAAGUAUACUUGAGAAUGAGAACAGCAAGGCGAUAAAUUUUACUGUCUCGGUCUCAACUUGGUCGCAAUCCUAUUCGAACUCGUUUACGUUCAUACAUACAUGCUUUAUUGACUUUCCUCAUGGAGGCUUUUCAAGGACAAUAAUUCAAUUAGUUACAUACGACUAAAAAGAUAAAAAUUUAUGACAAUAAACAUCUUCAAGGACGCUCAAAAUAUUUACAAUAAUAUUUAUCAGACGUAUAAUUUAUAGAUUAAUUUUAAAAAGCUUUUACUUUGAAAUUCUAAUAGAAAUAUUCACACUAAAAUUUAAAUGACAUGAUAAAAACUUAAGAAUUGACCAGUUUACGUUUCAGAUUGAACUUAAAAGCAGAUACUGACUCAAAAGUUUUAAGAAGGUUAUCCAUGGAGUUCCAGAUACUGACUAUUCUAUAAUAAAACGUCCUCUGACCACUGGCAGACUUGAAAAGUGGAAUGUUCAGUGUCUGUGAACUUCUCGUGGCACGCCCGCCUAUUUCUCCUCGCUUAAUGAACUGGGAGAAAGGUACUCCUGCACGCGGGAAGUAAGGCAUUUAAAGGCCAUGGUAGCGUUCCUAAACUAGACAAAAAAUAUGGCUAGAUUUAAACUUAAAUUUUCUCUUCAAAUAGGUACUACAAUUGAUAAAGGAACUGAAACAAAAGCAGAUGAGAGAAGAGGAUGCAGCUGUGGCAGCAAAAUAAAGUCAAGAGAGAAAUUGGCAUGCGCAGUAAACUCUUGGGGCCAAAAGUCGAGGUGUCCUUGUGUGAACAGCGGACAAAAAUGUUCAUUGGAUCGAUGUAAGUGUAGAAACUGUGGAAACAUAACAAGCAACAAAUCAAAACAACUUAAGACGCAGUGUAGAUGUGGAGAACGCGAAAAACUGAAAAGUUCCAAAGUUGAAUCGUGCACAGACGUGCAAGGUAGGAAUAGAACAAAGUGUCCUUGUUUUGUGAACGGCCUCGGCUGUAAAAAUUGUCACUACUACAACUGCAAAAACAUCUAUGGAGAAAAAGAGUCCAGCUUAGAAAAAAAUAAAGACUUGCCCACGGGAAAAAGGAAAUCAGGUCUAUCCAGUCCACCAUCUCUAAAACGGCAGAGGGGCUCGCAAUUUUUGAAGGAAAAUGGAAUAACAAACCAUAGUGGAGGAUGGAGUGAACUUGAGGGCUGUAUCUUAGAUAUGACCGAAUCAUUUCUAUACUCAACCAGCAUUUUACCAUCUAAGGGAAAUAUUUCUACCCUAUAUAACUAUGUAAUUCAA